AUGUUCCGCACGGCAUUACUCCGCACCGCCGUUGCGGCAUCCCGAAUCGCCGUACGACCCGUCGCCCGUGUCCCUAUUUCGAGAGCUGUUCUUUCCACACCUGCCAUGCGACCCGUCGCUGCCAUGUCGAUGCGCAUGUACUCUGCCGCUGCAGGGUUGAAGAAGGAGGAAGUUGAAGGCCGCAUCAUGGGCAUCCUCCAGGGCUUUGAUAAGGUCAACGAUUCUACCAAUAUCAAGCCCACUGCUCACUUCUCCAACGACCUGGGGCUGGAUAGCUUGGAUACCGUUGAGGUGGUCAUGGCGAUAGAGGAAGAGUUCAGUAUUGAGAUCCCGGAUAAGGAGGCCGAUGCCAUCCACAGCGUGGACAAGGCAGUGGAAUACAUCCUAAGCCAGCCCGACGCCAACUAA